UAGUAAAACCAUGGUAAAUUUUCUUAAGGGUAGGCUGGCCUGGAUGUCUGUAUCUUUGUAGCUGGACUUGUUUUCCUAUUAAAUGACUUAAAACCUAAACAAAACAUUGACAAAUAUGCACCACUAUUUUUUGUAGUUUUGAAUGAUUUUGAGCGCACCUUAAUAAUUCGUAAUAACGGUUUUAUUAUAUUAAUUUGCUACCUUUUACUUUCCCGACAGACUGAAUAUAUCAUCAUUGCUUAAAUGAUCAUGUCUUUUCCACACGCCACGAAGUUUCACACGGGUCUUCAAACAGUUACUGCGUGCGUACCGUGAGGAAAUGGGUGUGGCGUUAAAUUCCCAUCAUCUAAGUGCUUAGUGUCUGGGAAGCCCAAUAAUCCACCCGUGGCUUUAACUAGUUCUGUUUCUUGGCGAGAAAACGAUCAACUCAAACAAGCUUUUCUUAAGAUAUUCGUUUUUUUCUUUGUGUGUUUGAUUUGCGUCCUUUCUAUUUUAUUUUUGGAAUUGAAGGGGAAGAUAAAGCGCAAACACAACUUAUGUUGUGGUAGCUCGAGCCGCGUGUUACACGGGACGUCACAUCACUUGUUCUGACAAAAUCCUCGUGCCGUAUAUAAACUUUUAUGAGAGUCUGCGUCUCAUGAACUAUAUUCAUAAAACACGUGUGAUGGAAACUAAGAUAUUCUGCAAACUCUUUGAAAACUAGGUCACUGCGUUUACGGUCCGUGUGAUUUUUAUUUUGUCACAGCAAGUCAUGCAGAAAGAACAUUUGUUCAAAGUUCUCGUGAUCGGAGACCUCGGAGUGGGUAAAACGUCAAUAAUCAAACGGUACGUUCAUCAGAUAUUUUCGCAACAUUAUCGCGCAACUAUUGGGGUAGAUUUUGCUCUUAAAGUCCUACACUGGGAUAACCAGACUGUGGUCCGGCUACAGUUAUGGGACAUAGCAGGACAGGAGCGCUAUGGGAACAUGACACGAGUUUACUAUCGGGAGGCCGUGGGAGCGCUCAUAGUAUUUGACGUGACCAGAGCCUCCACGUUUGAUGCGGUGCUGAAAUGGAAAGAUGACCUCGAUGUGAAGGUCACUCUCAGCAAUGGCAAACCUGUCCCAGCUGUUCUUAUAGCCAACAAGUCCGACCAAUCUUCCGAGGGUCUGCGGACCCACAUUCCCAAACUUGAUACUUUCUGCAAAGAGAAUGGAUUCGUGGGCUGGUUUGAGACCUCUGCUAAGGAGAACACAAACAUCGAUGCAGCAGCUAAAUGUCUGGUGGGGCAAAUUUUAGCCCACGAUGAGAACAUCACCAGUGACACAGACUCAGAUGUGGUGGCCCUCCCUGGGUACAACAACAACACUAAAGAACGGAUCCAAGCUGGAUGUGCGAUGUGUUCUAAAUGUUAAAUACAUGGAGCAUUUGAAAGAUGAGGAGAAAUAAAUGUGUAGCAGAUGGUUAUGUGUUCAAAGACUCAAAAAUAGUACAGUGUCUCUGAGGGACAAAAAAAAUUCAUGCCGCACAGUUAGAUUGUGCAGCAUAAAAUCUCUUAAUUUGAUUGUUGCACUUUCGCAUCUGUGUGUGUUUACAGAUGUACACAUUCAAUAUAUAAGCACCAACUGACAAAAAUACGAGGUGCAUUUCUUACUGUUUUGUGUAAAGAGACUGAAAGCAGAUGGUUGGUACAGUUUUGCUGCUACUUUUAUUAAAAGUAGCCUAAGAUUCAGUUACAUAAGCUUCACAAUAUAAUAUCUAAACACUAAAUCGUUUUAGUGUGAUUCACAAUUGUUAUUACAUUAAGCAAUGCCAUCCUACAACCUCUUGCGUUCAAAAUAAAUGCAGUAGCCUAUUUUGUUCUCCACUCAAGCUCUUUAAUGUGUUUUUGUGUUUCUGCGCAAUAUCUGGGUUGUGCAUUAAAUACAAGCAAGAUACACCAUUAAAGGCUACG